AUGUUUCUUCUUGACUUUUUCACAGGAGUCCUUGGAUUUCUCGGACUCUACAAGAAGAGCGGCAAACUGCUUUUUCUAGGUCUUGAUAAUGCGGGCAAAACGACGCUAUUACAUAUGCUCAAGGAUGACAGAAUGGCUCAACAUGUGCCCACUUUACAUCCGACAUCUGAAGAGUUGUCAAUUGGCAACAUUCGCUUCACCACUUUCGACUUGGGUGGCCAUACUCAGGCUCGACGCGUCUGGAAGGACUAUUUCCCCGCUGUGGAUGCCAUCGUCUUCCUGAUUGAUGUCUGCGAUCGAGAACGCAUGCUUGAGUCGAAGGAGGAACUGGACGGUCUUCUUUGCGACGAGCAGCUGUCCAACUGCCCAGUGCUCAUUCUCGGCAACAAAAUCGAUAAACCGGGCGCUUUCAGCGAAGAGGACAUUCGCCACUUCUUUAACUUGAACAACCAAACUACUGGAAAGGGGAAGAUCGCUCGCUCUGAGCUUCCCGGUAGGCCGCUGGAGCUUUUUAUGUGCUCCGUUCUUCGACGCCAAGGCUAUGGCGAAGGCUUCCGCUGGCUGUCGCAGUACAUGAACUAA